CAAAAAAGUGGGGGCCAAAGGCUUGCUUUUCUUAUAUUUCCUUUGAAUUGUCAGUUUCACUCUCUACGGUCUACACCAAGGAGGAAUUCUGAAUUAUAGAGAGAGAGAGAGAGUCUUUAGAGAGAGAGAGAGAGAGAUGGAAGAAGCAAAGGCAAUGGCGGCCCAACAGCAGCAGCAGCAAUUGAUGUAUCAGCAAUCUCAACAACAACAACAACACAUGAUGCUUCUCCAACAACAACUCCACAAACAACAACAGCAGCAACAACAGCAGCAACAACAACAACAACAACAACAACAACAGGCCGCCGCCGCCGCCGCCGCCAUUUCUCGAUUCCCGUCGAACAUCGACGCCCACUUGCGGCCCCUUCGUCCCCCCUCUUCCAUAAAUCUCCCUCAAAACCCUAAUAAUAAUAAUCCUAGUAAUAACAGUAAUAAUAUUCCUAAUAAUCAAAAUCAACGGCAACAGCAGAAGGCGAUCCGACCCGGAAACCAAGCGGAGCUCCAGAUGGCCUACCAGGAUGCCUGGCGCGUCUGCCAUCCCGACUUUAAGCGUCCCUUCUCCUCUCUUCAGGACGCCUGCGAGAGGCUAUUGCCUUAUCAUGUCGUGGCUGAUUACGAGGCCGAGGAAGACGAUAGGAUCCUCGACUCUGAUACAACAGGCCAAAUGCCUUCUCGCUCACAACAAUGGGAUCACAACAUAUCCGCCAAGGUUGCAGAGUUCACGGCCACUUUUGAGAAGCAGGCUCUCGCCUUCAACAUUAUCUCCCGCAAACGGGCUGUCGGGGAGUUCAGGUCCGAGGAGAGAAUGAUGAUCGAGCAAGCUCUGUGCCAAGAGGAGAAGCGUGCCUACCUGGAAUUCAAAACAGAGCUGGAAUCAAGAGAGAAAGCCGGCCGGGAGGCUCACGAAGCUAAAAUGCGUAUGCAAGCCUUUGUUCAGGCAGAGCAUGUCAGGGCCGAGUCACAAGCACACGCUGAAGUGAUGCCUCGAGGCCCCAUAAGGGCAAGUGCGCUUGGUUCGCAAGGCAAUGACAUGUCGAUUGGCCAGAACAUGGGUGAGCAGGAGCACGGAGUCAAUGCUGACGAGAUGAUAAAUGGAUGGGGAAACAAUACUCAGAGAGAUGAGAAGGAGCCUUCUGAAGAUUUUUUGAAUGACGAGGAGACCGAAAACGGAGAAACAGGCAUGCAAGAUGGAUGGCGCGAAGUCGGGGAGUUUGAUUUAAACACUAGAUGAACUGUGGAAGGCAAACAUAAGCGCACAUGAGGAGGGGAAAGGAAGCAAUUUCCAUGGUAAACUGGUUCAAUCAAUCCGGCAUGGACUUUGUAAGGUCACAUUGCAAACCAAACAAAAAAGAGAAAUGAUUUUCGCUUGAAAGAUGGGUUCCUACUUCCUUCGACCAGACGUAGACGUAUGGUGCUGCUAUUCUUAAUGGAUUGGAUGGUACAUAUGAUAUGAUGUUUCCGAAUUUAUGACUUUUGGUCAUGGCGUUGGUUGUUAGGUACUAGAUUUUCUGUACUUGUUGCUUUGUAAAAUUGGCUGCAUGGCACUGGAUUGUUAUUAUGUUACCAUCAACAAAGUCGGAUAUUUGAAUU